AUGCGUCGAGGAAGGAGCGCGGAAAAGUGCAGAUACAUGGGGAACCCCAGGCUCGACACCGAACAGACCACAACACCACAGCCGGAGGAGCAAAAACAUCUACUCGCACAGAGCAGCGACCAGGAACAGCUAAGACAGAGACAGGCACAAGAACAAGCAAGAGGCGCUGUAGCCCCGAAAAAUGCCCCUACUGCUACAGACAGCAGCACGGACACACGGCAGAACAAGCCAACUAGAUACGCCCGGCAACUACCAAACCCAAAAAACGCCAACAAACCACAACUGAAUCACAACCGUACACGCACCAAACCCCCCAGUGGACAUACGGAAAAAAAACACCACAGCGACGACCCGCAAAUUCCGGAGGCAAAAAGCGCGCUUUCCAAAGAACACCGAAGCCAGGCGCAAAACAAGGGCUACGAACAAGUAAGGUCCCCAGCACGCGCAACCAAGGAGCGAAUCACAGCCGCACAAAGCCCCGUCAACCCAGAGGAGCACAGCGAACCGGAGACCGAGAGACCUCACACUCCGCACGAACGCAAAUUGGAGCCCGAAGACCAGCAACUCGGCCAGGAAGCCAGCAGCGUCACAACAGCAUGCAUCCCCCAAAGCCUCGCCAACCGCGGAAUGCACGCCACAGACCACAACCAGGACGAACCAGCACCCGAAGACGGAGCCCAGGAGAACACCGUCACCAAGAACAACAAAACCCUAGCAGCGCACGAUCGAGAUGCCGCACUGCACGAGCAAGACGCAAAAGACGACCAAUAG